CACCCAAGAGACUUGGGCUGAGCGGUAACAGUUAACUGAGACUUGCAGAGACGUUGUGGUGCAAAGUUCGGUCUGCUGGCCAAGGGACCCUUCCUGGGAAAUGAGCCAAACUAGCCGACAGUUAUCUGGUAGCACAACUUGGCCGGAGGGAGGGACAUUGGAGGCAGGCGACGUUGCGCGCGCUCCCAGCAUGUCGCUGAAAAGUGAAGAAAGUCGAGUUUGUUUCAUCAGAAACUCCACGGCAAGUGGCGCGUGCAGGUUGAAGGAGCCCGACGAUGCAGACGCGCACAUUUACGCAUCCGGACGCGCUCAUCUGCAAGCCUGUGCCAUGGAGCAACACUCCCUGCAGACAGCAGUUCCCCGGGAGUUGUUAGGCGCCGGGAGCCUUGUGGGCGACAGCGCCUCUUUUUCCGCCUGCGCAACGAUCUCAGAAACUGCCCGGGAGCUCUGCAGAGCUGUGUCCGUGUCGCUGGGUCUGGCCACGGAGUCGUGCGAAACGAGCGACAUGAAUGCUGCCGUCGCCCAGUGCGCCGCUGGUGACUACAUGCGCGGGGAGAACGUAUACGGAGCCGGAGCCGGAGCGGUGCAUCUGAGCUGUGCCGGAGCUCCGGCUGCUGGCACCGAGUUCAGGUGCCACGACAGGGACGACCGGCCGCCGCACGGGCCGAAGCAGCUGGUGGAGGUGUUCAAAAGUCCAGAGUCCGGUGCGCCGCUGCACCGGACUCACUCGUCCACUCGGACGUCUGUGGAUGAGGCGAACUUCACACUGUGCGAGGCCGGUGACAUGACCUCGGCGCGCGCUGCCUCGUGCCCUUACGUCCCGCCGCACUUCGGCCACAGACCUCUCGACGAGGCGAGGGGCGCGCUGGAGAACAAGUUCGGCGGCUAUCAGCCAGAGCCAUUCGCCGUCAAAGUCAAGUCCGAGGACGGCGACGCUGCGGGCGCGCUGUGGCCCGGCGAGUACACGUUCAACGAGAAGUACAACUCUCCGUUGUGGGGCUCGAGGCACUGCAUGCACGCGCGCGGCGCGGGAGCCGGCGGCGCGUUCAUAUGCAAUCCAUAUGAGCGCAGCGUUACGCGCGCUGAACAGUGGUACCCGGGCGAGAUGCUGAGGCCGCCCUACCCCAACUCCAGCUGUGUGAAGACCGAGGAAGACGAGUGGCUGGAUGUCACCUAUAAUGAUAAUAGGUUCGAGGCCGGCAGAGAGCACAUGUUCCCCAUGGAGUUCUUCUUCCCACCACAGAGGAUGUGCCUGAUCUGUUCAGACGAGGCGUCUGGCUGCCAUUACGGGGCACUCACCUGUGGCAGCUGCAAGGUUUUCUUCAAAAGAGCUGCAGAAGGCAAACAGAAAUACUUGUGUGCAAGCAAAAAUGACUGUACUAUUGAUAAGCUACGAAGAAAGAAUUGUCCCUCUUGUCGGCUGAGGAGGUGUUUCGAAGCUGGGAUGACUCUCGGGGCACGUAAACUCAAGAAGAUCGGACAACAGAAGAACCCUGAAGAGGAUCAUCCUGUACAGGACUCUGCAGAGGCCAUCCAGAAUAUCUCUCCGAAAUCGGGCCUGACCUUGAACUCCCAGCUGGUCUUCCUCAACAUCCUGGAGUCCAUUGAGCCCGAGGUGGUGAACGCGGGACACGACUACUGCCAACCGGACUCCGCUGCCACCCUGCUCACCAGCCUCAACGAGCUGGGAGAGAGACAACUGGUCAAAGUGGUGAAAUGGGCUAAAGGGCUGCCAGGUUUUAGAAAUCUCCACGUGGACGACCAAAUGACUGUGAUUCAACAUUCGUGGAUGGGGGUGAUGGUGUUUGCCCUGGGAUGGAGGUCCUAUAAGAACGUCAAUGGCCGGAUGCUUUACUUUGCCCCAGAUCUCGUGUUCAAUGAAAAUCGGAUGCACGUCUCCACCAUGUAUGAGCACUGCAUACGGAUGAGACAUCUUGCACAGGAGUUUGUGCUGCUGCAGAUCACUCAGGAAGAGUUUCUCUGCAUGAAGGCCUUGCUCCUCUUCAGCAUUAUUCCAGUUGAGGGUCUAAAGAGCCAGAAGUACUUCGAUGAGCUGCGUCUCACCUACAUCAAUGAACUUGAUCGGCUCAUUAACUAUCGAAUGGCGACCAAUUGCUCUCAGAGGUUCUACCAACUCACCCGACUCCUGGACUCCCUCCAGAUGAUGGUAAAGAAGCUCCAUCAGUUUACGUUUGAUCUUUUUGUCCAGGCUCAGUCACUCCCCACCAAGGUCAGCUUUCCAGAGAUGAUUGGAGAAAUAAUCUCAGUGCACGUACCAAAGAUCCUGGCAGGUUUGGCCAAACCCAUCUUGUUUCACGAGUAGAAAUAUUUUUUUUUAUAUUUAAAAAAAAUGACUGGGAUUUGCUGCCUCCAUAAACUUAAACAAAGGCUUUGCACUGUUUCCCUUCAUGUCCGAUCUAAUAGCUCUUAGCCUUGUCCCAGUCAUUAUUUUAUUGCUCAAGUUUUUUUCCCCUUUCAACCAUAAUUGAGGUUGUUUGCUCAGAACUGAUAAAGCUUUUAUCUGAAGAGCUGCAAGGCAUCACUGGUUGACAGCUCUGCUGUAUCUGAGAGGAGAGUUUGUAUUUUCAGCCUGGCCAGAAAUGCUACUUUACAUACGCAGUAAGUCUGUAAAUUAUGAUUACAACAACCUUAAAGUAGCAGGGUUGAAAAAAACAACCCGUCAUUAUACAUGCACUUGACAAGGUUCACAUAAAUAUUAAAAAACAAGCAAAGGAAAUAUGGUCCGAGGAGCAGAUGAGAAAUGGAUCACAGUAAUAAAAAAGACACUUGCUUUCCAACAUCUGUUUUUAUAACCGCUGCCUUCAGGUGAAAGCUCCUGCUUGUGAGAUCAAAAGUGGUAAAUACAAACUGGAGUUAACAUUCACACAAAUCAAUUCUUUUAUUAAACUUCAUAAUACAUGCACAAAAUUCUGAAAUUCCAUUGUGGCAUUAAAUUAGUCAAAAAUACAGUGUAAAUAUGAAUUCAUUAAUGUAAUAUUCAAAUUUGAUGUUUUCAUGAUACUUUGUAUAGAAAAAAACAAUAAUAGAAUAUUGAAAUAUGAGAAAUGCUGAAAAAAACAUGUUAACUUUACACUCAAAACUAAACAGAGAUAUUGCAAAUUGAGUACGAUAUAAUGGAUUAUGGAAAUCCAAAUAUGAAUGAAUAAAUCAUUAAAUCAUUAUUUCAGCCACUUAUGGACUCACAUGUUUCUCAACAGGUAGAUACAUUCUCACCCAGUUGUAUUUACCACUUCUCUGAUUAGUCACUACAGUGUUUCUAAUGGCAACCAGAGGCAGCCAUCCUUUUUGUUUUUGUUUUUGAGUAUUUGACUUUUUGGCAAUGAAGAAAACUAUAUUCCAAAUUGUGCUCAUUGAGUAUUCACUUAAAAAUCAGAUAUGAUGAAAUUAAAAAUCACAAUAAAGCCAAAGGCUUAUUUAUCUUUUCUUUAAGAAAAACAGUGGACAAGAUAACAGGUCAUGUCAUAUUGAAGAACAGGUUAUGUCACUAUUUACUCUUCUGAAAUCAAAUAUCAUUUUGAUUUGUUUGUGCAAAGCCAUAAAAGAAAGUCACACUAUACUGUGAAAGCACUAUCUACACACUUGUUAUCAGAGCAGAUUGCCUUACACUGUUACUCUAGCAUUUACAUAUUCCGUCUUCACACAGUAAAUGUCUCUUGCUUGACUGAGCCAAUUAAUGCAGGCGUCUCCAGUGGACACUUUUAGGUUUAUUGUCAUUCUGCACUUUUCCCGUCACAUUGGCAGCAAAUAUGCAGAGAAAUGUUCUUGAUGUCACUAAUUUCAAAGCAUUAACAUAUAAAUAAGUGGUGGGGAAACUUGUCAAAGAAGACACAUAGUGAAGUUGGGUAAAAUUAGACAGUUUGUUCGGGUUUGAUAUUGUAUUGCUCCUCCGCACAGCCUCCAAAGUCAAUUCAUAUGUGAUAAUUGAAUGUUAAGAUGGCAGUUCAAACCAAAGGCAACAUGAAUUAGCUAUUAGCAAUAAACUAUAUUCUUACCAAAUGUUGCAUGAAAAUUUACAUUUUUUCUCAAACAGCCACAUGACAAACGGCAUGGCAGACUGCGUUAGAUAUAGUGGCAGUCUUCUAGUCUUAACGAACACUCGAAGUGCUUUACACUACAUGUCACAUUCACCCCCUUUGACGCACACAUUCAUAAAUAUACAUAUAUAUAUAUAUAUUGAUAUAUAUACGCUUCUAUAUUUAUGACAUUUCUGUCUUGUCCCAUUCACACUCGGACAGGACAAUUUGGGGUUCAGUAUCUUGGCCAAAGACCCGAGGGCACACCACGCACCCUCAAAUUAGUGGAUGACCCGCCCUCCCUCCUGAGCCACAGUCGCCCCAUUGGAUUACUUUUGCAUCUACCAUGAAGCACGUAGAACCAAAGCAAGGACACAUUACAAAUUUUAAACAUUUAUUUAACUUUAAUCAAGAGAUUCACUGAUAAAACUAAAAUAAAGCCAUCAGCUAUAACGCAAGUCGCCAGCCCUUCGCUUGUCUACCACAGUUCCUCCCAGACAACACGUCAUGCUGUGAGCAGGCGGGUUGCAGCAGCAGGGACUCAGAAACUUGUUGGGACACAAGGAAGAGAAGAUGGCACCAAAACAGACAAAUACUGAAUGAACCUGAUUCAGGGUGCCAGAGAUCUUACGUAAGGGCGGUGAUGUGCCAACAGGACAAUAAAUAUAAACUCUCAGCCAGUUUAAACCUGGAAGGCCUUUGGAUGUAGAAUGUAGAAGUCCAUGAGUGGCCCUGCCAAACCGCAGAGAUGAAAUCCAAGAAAAAGCGAAGCAGUGACAUGCUUUGAAGACAACCGAACACCGACACUUGAGCAAAACUGUUGAAAAGUAUUAACGGUCAAUUGAGUUGAAUACAAAUUUCAGGUUUUGCAUAAUCAAAGUGGGAUAACAUGAAGGCACUUUGUACAUAAAACUACACCCAAUGUCAAGUGAGUGUAGUUUAGACUGAAAUUGGAACUUCUCUCAAUCCAGCUGUUCCGUGUUUAUGACAAUCCAACACACACCACGUUAAGACGUCUGUGGCUUAUCCCGCCUUGUUCAAUGAUUUUCAACAAUGUUUUAUAACUCUGUAAAGUCAACACUUUUCUAAAACGGUUUCUUUUACAAGUUGUAGAUGCAUGCACCAUGCGUUAAACUGCCUGUGGAACUUUUAGCUUGACAGAAAGCAAUGCUUGGACAUCCAUGUAUUCCUCCAGUUGCCUGUUUGUAUUGUGCCGAUAGAUGUCACUUGUAUUGAACUAUGAUGACACCAUCAGAGGGCAUGGCAACAAUUUGUUGUACAGUGUAAAGUGAUAAGUUGACUGUGACAGUUUCAGUUUUUUGUAAAGGAUUAAUUCAUAAACUAUAGUGAAACUCGUACUUUACCUCAUCUGCACAUGUGGAUGUCUACAUGUCAUUUUCUUGUAUUUUUUAUGCAAUAUUUGCUUUGUGAAAACGACAGGACUGUGGGGAGGAAAGGGAAUCCAGUAGCUACAUACAAGUACAUUUGAUCCACCACAACUGCUAAUUAUAGCCCUGAAAAUGUAAUAAAUGUGUCUUCUGUCAUUUGAGAUGCAGCAGUCCAGUGUAAAAAUUGAAACUAGUCAUAAGUGUGAUUAGGAGAGGAACUCAGAUAACAUAUGGUUCAUGUGCAAAAACAGUAAAAUGAUUUGGCGUAUCAGUAUUUUAAAUAAGCACAUCAUACUUAGGUUUUGCUCAAAUUUUUAAAUUCAGAAAUCUGUCGUUUCCUGAAUGCACUGUAUUGUACCACUGUUGUUGACAGUUUUAACAAUUUGUUACUAAACUCUCGAAAACGAAUGUCGACUCUAAACAAUGCAGUAGUUUGUUUUUAUUAAUGCUGUCUAGUUUUAUUAAGCAGGACACAGGGGCAAAGGCGUCACCAGUGCCAGUGGAUCACACAUCUCAAUGAACCACAGCCUGCCGAGCCCGUGUCAAGUUUAAAUACUGUAAUGGUUCAAUCCCAGUAGGCUGGUGUGUCUGUUUGAUGUCAACGGACACACGCUGUGUAUGUGCCCGGUGUACAGCAUAUUGAGAUUGUUCUUUGAACAUGAGUCAGUAACUGUAUAUAUUGAUUAGUUUAUUGUCUGUUUUCGGUGUCUGGACACUUGACUUUUUUAAAGUCAUCUCUAGUAUGAUUUAUACCUUUUGUGACCUGCUGUGUGUUUUUCAAUAUGUGCAUUUUUUCAAAGGUGUAAAGCUGCAUCAUCUUGUAAAAGCAAUUAAAAGAACUUCUGACUCUA